CUGAAGAGGUUCUUGCUUCAACAGUGAUUGAACGGAACUUUGAUCUUGUUGGAAUUUUCUUUGGAGAACGUUGCAUUUCAUAUUUAUUUUUUACAAUUUUGAUAAUAAAACAAUCAAAAAAGUUCCGCUGAAAUGGAUUCUCAGAUUCGCCAGAACUACGACCGCGACUGCGAGGCUAUGAUCAACAAGAUGGUGAAUUUGGAGCUUUACGCUUCAUACACUUACACUUCAAUGGCUCAUUACUUCAAACGGGAUGAUGUCGCCCUUCCUGGUUUUGCCAAGUUCUUCAAGGAGAACAGUGAGGAGGAGCGCGAGCAUGCUGAGAAAUUCUUGGAGUUUCAGAACAAGAGGGGUGGACGCAUUCUCCUUCAGGACAUAAGGAAGCCUGAACGUGAUGAGUGGGACAAUGGUCUGGUUGCUAUGCAGUGCGCUCUGCAGCUGGAGAAGAACGUCAACCAGGCUCUGCUGGAUCUCCAUAAAGUCGCUUCUGAGAAGAAAGAUCCUCAUCUGUGUGACUUUCUGGAGACUCACUACCUGAAUGAGCAAGUUGAGGCCAUUAAGAAGCUCGGUGACCACAUCACCAACCUUUCCAAGAUGGAUGCUGGAAACAACAGAAUGGCAGAGUACCUGUUUGACAAGCACACCCUGGACGGAAAGAGCUAAAUGAUGGCCUCCGUUCAUCUGCAUGCUGCAAAUCCUAUCUAUAGUUUAAAAUCAAGAAGUGUUUAUCACACAGCUUUAUGCAGCGUUUUAAUGUCUGUGAGACUGCAAGGUUAACAAAGGCUCAAUGUCACUAGAAAGAUGCAGUUUUGUUCUUAAUUUGUCAUCUUGUGAUUGUCACACUCAUUUUAACACCGUGAAUUUGAAUAAACAUUUUU